AUGCGGAGACUAUAUCCUGAGAGCCUCGCAGAUAAAAGUUUUGAUAACACAGGGUUAUUACUUGAAGCGCCCUGGAAUAGGAAGAGACAGCUGAAGAACUCUGCAUUAUUAACAAUCGACCUAACGCAGGCGGUUGCCGCCGAGGCUAUCGAGCGUGGGGAUUCGAUCAUCAUUGCAUAUCACCCUAUAAUAUUUCGUGGAUUUAAAUCUCUAACUUCCAAUAACACCCAACAGCAAACCCUGCUUCGACUUGCGGCGGAAGGCAUAAGUGUUUACUCUCCGCAUACCGCCGUCGAUGCUGUCCCUGGUGGUAUGGCAGAUUGGCUCUGCGACAUCGUAACUCGUCCCGUGCAUGAGAACCCACAAGUCCCUAUCAAGAGCAAACAGGCAACAGACGACAGCACAGGGCCAUCGUCGAUAUCAGGUAUAUCCCAGCCUCCACCACUCCCUCCUCGGACGGCUUCGCGAGGUGCCUUGCCGCAUAUAGUUGUUCCUGGGUCUCACACUUCUUUGUCGAAUGUAGCCUCUGAUGCCGUAAUUCCCCAUUCUCGUUCAACCAUCCUCCAAAAUCCCUUGCCGCCGCCCGGGUUUGAAGGUGCCGGCGCGGGCCGUCUUGUAUCCUUCUCCACUCCUCAGCCCUUAACAUCAAUCAUUAAACGCAUCAUCACCACACUCGGUCUUCCACGUGGCCUACCUCAUUUUCCUCUUGCUAUACCCCAAGACUCAAAUGUCGCCGACAUGGAAAUCAGUACUGUGGCCACCUGUCCGGGCUCUGGCUCGUCGAUACUGAUGAAGGACGGCAAACCCGUCGCAGACCUGCUGUUAACUGGAGAAAUGAGCCACCAUGACGCAUUGGCUGCGAUCGAGAAUGGAUCAGUGGUGAUAUCUCUCUUUCAUUCUAAUUCUGAACGGGGCUAUUUGCAUGAUGUUAUGCGAGGCAAGCUCGAAGAAGCGCUGAGGUUGGAAUGGGGUCAAAUGAUUGAAGAUUUGGCUGACCUGCCUGAGACGGCGAGCAGUGGAAUGGCCAAUACGCUGAACGAUCCGAGUGUGGAGGUAAAAGUGAGUGAGUGCGAUAAGGAUCCGUAUUCGAUCGUGGCGUGGCCGGAAAACCUUUAG